GCCACCCUGUUUCCGCCGCAAGCACCUUUUUCUUCGUCAACCAUCAUCUCCCAUCAGUCAUGGACACAGCUCCCUCAAAGGGUUGAAUGCCAUCGUCAACUUCCUCUUUCCACACUCUACUCCUCCCACCCGGCAACGCGCUCAGUCUUGCACCGACACCGCCGACUUCCUCAUCGUUUCUUCAACCCCAGGUUGCAUCAGUUACUCGUGGCCUUCAUGGCGACUCCUCCAGUGCAAAUGGCGAAGGUGAUGGAAACUAUUACUGUACUAGGGGACCUGACGGGGUCAACUUCUUGUUCCCAGGACACAACCGUGGAUGCAGAUAUGCAUGAUGACGACUGGACCGAGCAGAGCGAGGAUGAGACUGUGUUCGACCCUACACACUGUCGUCCAGGCGGUAAUGGUAAAACCGCUUUCCGGGGCGGCGCAGUUUACCAACGUGAGCACCUUUGGCUUCGAAGGGCGGUCGUGAGAUCGCGCGAAGAACAGCGUAGCGACGAGGAGGAAGAGGAGGAGAUCGACUACCAAGAUUUGGAGGAAGCCUCCUCGGACGAUGGCAGCACCAGCAGUGACUGGGACACCUACGGCAGCCUUCCGCUCAUUAUGGACGAGUAUGAAGAGGCUGUGGCUCGUCUGGAAGGCAGCUAUGACUGGAACGAGGAUCAGAAGAAGCUGCACAAGUUGAUUUACAUGCGCGGCCUCCAUCCCAUGCUGCCAUCAUGGUGGCGGUUGAGCUUCAGGAUGUGGGGAGUUACGCAGCGACACUUAGACGAUGUCUUCACGCCGAAACAUAGCAGGAAACGUGUGGCGAUCCAUGCGUACGGGAACGAAGUCGCCGCCACCAAGGCGCUCGAGUCUCUAUUCUACCUCUCCCAAACCGUCACCGAUUUCGAGGAGAUCGGAUACGAGAGCAAGAUCUCACCAACCAUAGUCAAGGGCAUCCGGUCUUACAUCAAAUGGGCCUUGCGAGAUGCGCGGAUAGACGAGUCAGGCACAUUACCCAACAUGUUCGUGCAAGCAUACCCGCCAGAUUUCGAUGACGAUUACGAUAGCGAGGACAGCAACUUCACGCCUUCCCCGGUCAGCAGCGAUGACGGUUUGAAUGCGUCGGGAAAAGGGGAGCAUGAAGGUGACAACCUGACUGAGUUGCAGCGCGCCCGGCGUUUCACCCGAGCAGUUUCUCGGGACCUCGAGAGGAGGCUGCGCAACAGGGGCCAGCGCUGGCGCGAUGCGCUUCGCAACCGCAAUGGCAAGGGCUACAUCGCGCAGCCGCCGACUUUGUAUGCGUUUGCUGUUAUUCAGCACAUUGUUAUGCUUGCCAGCCACGACUCGACAGAGUCGACGAAUCCGGUGGUUGUGCUUGAACAGAUCCGCCUGAAUGAUCGAGGUCAGUGGCUGUGGAACGCACUGUCUAUCGCUCUUCCCAUCAACAUGGCGCGGGACACGCUGAACGGCAUGCGGGAUACGGGCCUGAUUGUUGAGGAGCAUGAGGAUUUACCGGACCCUGAUAUGUGACAUCAAACACAGCUGGGUAGAAGUGUGAAGUGUCUAUGAACGAUCACUGCAAGCUUUCGCUGUUUGUAACUAUCAUCAGAAUGAUCAG